AUGUCGCCCAAACCUCAAGAUGGUUCUCCAGCUGAAUUGUUGGAUAAUGCUAUCGUUAUCAGUGGAAUGGCUGGACUCUAUCCGGAGUCGCAAAAUGUGAAGGAUUUUCGUGACAUACUGUAUAACAAGGUAAAUCCAGUUACGUCUAAGGACUGCCGCUGGAAGUAUGAUCACCCCGAAGUUGCGCAAUACACAGGAAAAGUGCCCGGGUUGGAUUUAUUCGACGCCCAGUUCUUCAAAGUCCACUACCGUCUUGGAAACACCAUGGAUUCCAUGUCCAGGAAAUUGCUUGAACAGUCGUUUGAAGCUAUUUAUGAUGCUGGUGUGAACUCGGAUCAGCUAAGCGGCAAGAAAGUUGGCGUAUACGUUGGAUCGUGCUUCUCUGAGACAGAAAAAUAUGUCUUCUAUAUUACCAAUUCGAAAACUGGUUUUGGUAUUAUGGGAUCCAGUAAGACUAUGUUUGCGAAUCGGAUUUCAUAUUGGUUGAACACGAAAGGUCCGUCGAUGUCCAUAGACCAGUCCUGUUGCAGCUCUGUACUUGCUCUUGAGUUAGCCUAUCAGGCGAUGAACCGAGGCGAUGUGGAUGCUGCUUUAGUUGGAGGAGCCAGCUUGUGCUUGCUGCCACAAUCAUCUGUGCAUUUGAGGAGAGUCGUGUUGCUGAGUAGAGACGGAAAGACAAGAUCUUUUGAUAAAAACGCGUGUGGAUGCGCCAAAUCAGAAGCUAUCAAUGUGCUGUUCGUGCAGAAAGCAAAGGACGCCCGUAGAAUCUACGCUGAAGUAGUGUACGCGAAAUCUGAGUUUUCGGGCUUUGUUAAUGGACAAAAUGGCCCCAAGUACGGUUUCUAUCGGGAACCAGAAAAGUUGGAGAGCUUCUUGAACCAGUUUUAUAAGGAAGCCCAGGUUGAUCCAAAAGAAGUUCAGUACGUGGAAGCUGCUGGUUCUGCGACACCAGAAGCAGAUAAAGCUGAAUUAGAAGCAAUCGAUAAAGUAUUCUGUAAGAACAGAUCCGAUCCCCUGCAUGUUGGUAGCGUGAUGUCUAAUAUUGGCUACGGUGAAGCAGCAUCCGGUAUAUCUUCUAUUACGAAGGUGCUCCUUGGUUACGAAAGUGGACUGCUAGCAUCAAAUCUACACUGUGACAAUCUGAGAGAUGACUUGGAAGGGAUAGAGAAAGGAGUCAUGCGCUUUGUAACUGAUCACCAGCCUUUCGGUCGAGGAUACACUGCUAUUAACAACUUAUCGGUCACUGGUGUUAAUGCUCAUGUUCUUCUGAAGGGCCAUUACAAACCGAAGAAUUUGAAUAGAUACAAAUCUAAUAUUCCUCAUUUAGUCACAAUAUCCGGAAGGCAACAAUCUUCAGUGGAAAAGAUAUUAAAUGAUUUAAAGUCCCGACCCAUCGACCCUGAAGAAAUAGCCCUCCUUCAUAACAUCCACCAGAAUAAAAUUUCUGGCCAUAUGGGAAGAGGAUAUGUUAUUCUCGAUACUACUGAAAGAAAAGAAACUGUCACUGUAGCGGAAAAGGCAGACUAUUUUGACGAUGUUACGAAUCCGCUGUGGUUCGUGUACAGCGGGAUGGGCUCGCAGUGGGCCGGAAUGGGGACGGAACUCAUGCGCAUUCCUGUUUUUGCUAUCGCUAUACAGCGUUGUCAUGAAAUUUUGAAGCCCAAAGGCCUGGAUCUUAUCAACAUCAUCACGUCACCAGACAAGAAAAUCUUUGACAACAUUCUUCAUUCCUUCGUCGGUAUUGCUGCUGUUCAAAUUGGUCUCACUGAUGUUCUUACGGAAUUGGGAAUUGUUCCUGACAAAAUUAUAGGUCACAGUGUAGGCGAGCUGGGAUGCGCGUACGCAGACGGCUGCCUUACGGCAGAAGAGACCAUUCUUUCCGCGUACAGCCGCGGGCUCGUGUCUGUACAGACUCCGUUCAUAAAGGGAUCCAUGGCCGCUGUUGGUUUAGGUUAUUCCCAGGUUGCCAAAAUGUGCCCACCAGAAGUCGAAAUCGCGUGUCACAACAGCUCCGAGUCCGCCACGAUAUCUGGGCCCGCUGAUAUUAUGCAGGAACUUGUAGCUUCUUUCACAGCAAAGGGUAUAUUCGCGAAAGAAGUUCCAUGUUCCAACAUCGCUUACCACUCAAGAUAUAUUGCAAAUGCAGGUCCCGCUCUUUUAAAAUACUUAAAGGAAGUUAUUAAGACUCCAGUGGCCCGCUCCAGCCGCUGGGUAUCCACAUCUAUACCCCAGGAUAAAUGGGACGAGCCUCUCGCCAAGUAUUCUUCAGCUGAAUAUCAUACCAAUAACUUGCUUAACCCGGUGCUGUUUGAAGAAGCAUCGGCGUUGAUACCAGCUAAUGCGGUACUGGUGGAGGUGGCGCCGCACGGGCUGCUACAGGCGAUCCUCAAGCGCGCACUCAGUAGCUGCGUCAACAUCCCACUUACCAACCGCGGCCACAAGGACAAUGCGGCCUUUAUGCUCGAUGCUAUUGGAAAAUUGUAUAUGAAGGGAUACAACCCCAAGGUCCAGGCAUUAUACCCUAAAGUGGAGUUCCCUGUGUCCACUGGCACGCCCAUGUUGGGACAUUUGAUUGAGUGGGAACAUAGCGAGAAAUGGUCAGUACCGGUCUACGUUACGGCCCUGAAGAAGACAGCGGCUGCAUGUAACUUUGCUUUGUCUGUACAUGACGAUGAACAUAACUAUUUACGAGGACACGUCGUUAAGGGCAAGAACGUAUAUCCAUACUCUGCCGCCCUGAUGGCAGUAUGGGACACAUUCGCUAUGAGUCUAAAUAACAAGAGAAAGUGCGUCUCCGUGCAAUUCAAAGACGUCCACUUGUUUGUUCAGCCAAAAUUGUAUGACAAGCGACCCUUGAAACUUAGCGUCACUCUCCACAAAGGAAAUGGAGUUUUUGAGGUUUCAAAUGAGGGUAUGAUAGUAGCUAAAGGAGUAAUAUCCUUAAGUGAGAAGAGUAACGACAUCUACCGUCUGCUGGUGCAUCCAAUUAAAAAUGACGAUAAGAUAACAUUGAAAACUGAAGAUAUCUACAAAUUGCUCUACACCCGUGAUUAUAAUUAUAGAUGUGGAGGUGUGAUCGUGGAAAAUGUGAAAUUCCGCGAAUUGUCUGUUUUAAAAAAUAAUGGCAUAUCUUUAAAAGCGUUGCAGUUUGCACCACAUUUCCCGAAAGAUAGAACCGAUGAAACAGUUGCGCUGCAUAUUUAUCUUCAAAUCGUAAAUGAGAACAUCAAUAAAGAUGAAAUAUCGAUAUUUGAAUGUAUUGAUGACGUCACUCGAGAAUCGAAGUUUAAUGGUAUACACAAAAUUAUUGAAGAUGUUCCGAAGCUCAGGGCUAAAUAUUCCGUAUUGCGAGAAGAUAAGCUACAAGAAUUUGCUGAUUGGCACAACAUUGAUGUUAUCUUCGUGAACAAUUUAUAUUCUAACGAAAAGGGUGAAUGGGGUGGCUUAUACUAUUUACCUAUAAACGAGUUACCCAAAGCAAAUAAUAAUGUAAUUCUGCAAAGUGCACAAAUUGGAGAUAUAAAUUCACUUGAGUGGGUUGAAGCACCUGAAGUGACGGGUCCAGGAAUUAAUGUAAACGUACAUUAUGCUGGAGUUAAUGAUAUAGAUAUCAAGAGGGCAUCAGGCGAAGUUAGUUAUGCAAAUGUAAACAAAAAUUAUUACGGAAUGGACUUCAGUGGUGUAACAGAUAAUGGCGUACGGGUAAUGGGAUUAGUCAAAGGUGGCGCUAUCACGAGCAGGGUUAAAGCAAACUCGAAUCUUCUGUGGCCUGUCCCAGAUACGUGGAAUUUAGAAGACGCAGCAACUGUUCCUCUAGCGUAUGCACAAGCAUUCUAUUGUCUGGCCAUUAAACAAAAGCUGUUCCCCGGUAUGAAUAUCUUGAUCCACGGUGGAACCGGUGCUUUAGGCCAAGCCGCCAUAUCUAUUUGCCUUGCUCAUAAUUGCGAAGUUUUCACUACCGUUAGUGAUAAAAGCAAGAAGCACUUUUUAAAGAGACUGUUUCCCAAACUGAAAGAUGACCACAUCGGCAACUCAAGGGAUGUUACAUUUGGAGACAUGGUUUUAUCUUGUACUCAAGGCUAUGGAUGUGACAUUAUUCUUAACUGCGUCAAAGGUGAACUCAAAAAUAUAUCUAUCAAAUGCUGUGCACCAUCUGGUAUCGUAAUUGACACAGGAAUGGUUCAAACGAAUGAAGACUUCUCGUAUGGAAUGUACAAUAUGACAAAAAGUAGAUCGUUCGCUGCCGUCGAUAUCUCGUCCAUCUUUAAAUAUAACAAUGAAACUGAUAUGAAACACCUCCAAGUACUUAUCAGCGAGGGCAUAGCGCGCGGCUACGUGCGCCCGCUGACGCGGCUCACGUUCGCGCCGAGCGACGCGGCGCGCGCGUUCCGUCUGCUCGCCGCCAGCCGCCACCGCGGCCGCGUGCUCAUCGACAUGAAGCAGAACAUACCCAACACCAAGACUAGGGUAUGGGAAAAAAAGGGCGUUCAUAUUGAAUUGACUAUAGAGAGUGUGUGGGAGAAAAAUGUAACAUUCAAUACAUUAGAUGACAACAGUCCAAGUGAAGUGGAGGGAAUUUACGCAAUCAUAACAAAUAAUAACAAUUCGGAAAAUAUAAUUUCUAGUUUGGAUAAUUUGGAUGCCAAGGCGAGGAAGAUCGAUUCCAAAUUAAAAUACUUCGCCGUGAUCAAUGAAAAUCACAUGAUUGGAGAAAAUAUUUGCCUAGUGAGACGUAACUGUAAUUUACCAGCCACAUUUAUCAAGAUUCCGUUGCUUAAACAGAAUGACAACGGGCAGUCGCUGUCAACCAAAAAUGUCUUUGAUGCCAUUGAAAGAGCAAUAUUAUCAAAAAAAGCCACCACCAUAGCUCACAUUUCUUCUCCAAGUACACAUUUGCUUCAAGAAAUUUGUACAUUAGCAGAAAUAAAGUUGCCAGAAGUUGCUGAUGAUGAUACAACCUUAAACCAGUUAAGAGUUGAGUCUUCCAAAGUAUCAAUCCUGCAGGCUUAUUUGAGAGACCAGUAUGACAUAUGGUUUGAGAAGGAUACAAUUUUGGAUCUUACUGUUCAAAAAUUACGUGAAAUACAAGAAAUGAUAUUUGAAAAAGAUUUCGUUCGAACAAAAGGCUUGGCCACGUUUUACUCAUCUGUGGACCGAGAUGAACUUUUGGCUACGACGGAAAUUAAUUUCUUGCCAACCUUAACUAACAGCUCAGCUAUGGCUCACAACGAGUUCGACGCGAGCCAGGUGUUCCUGUGCACGGUGCCGGGCGUGGAGGGCAACCACGCGCGCUUCUCCGUGCUGUGCGAGCGGCUCAAGCUGCCCGCGCUCGUGCUGCAACCACCGCUCGGAUACGCCGAGGACCUACACACUAUGGCGCAGCGGUUCGCUGAAAAGUUCCUGCAACUGACUGAACUGAAGAAAUUCUAUCUUCUUGGAUACGAAUCUGGUGUGAUCGUUGCCCUAGAGAUGGCUGCUAUUUUGGAAAAGCAUGGACUAACUGGUGUCGUAUUUUGUCUGGGAGGCUUGCCGAAUGAAAUUCAAGCGCAGUUUGAGACGCAACUAAUAGAAUACAAAGACGAAGAUGCGUUACAAGAAGAAAUUUGCAGGCACAUGAUGACACUAAUCACUGAAAGCAAAACAGAGAUGUUUGAGAACAUGUUCCAUAAAGCAAUGGCUUGGCCAGAAAAACUGAAUGCCUGUGCUCGUAGUCUCCUAGGAAAAGUAGAACAUUCAGCUGAAUACACUAAAGAACUAAUCGAAUCUGCAUACUCUCGUAUCGCUCAUGUACGAAACUAUGUGGUUGAACCUAAAAAACUGAAAUCAAAGCUUAUCUUACUGAGGCCUAAAAUGGAUAUAUCUGAUGAAUUCCAAGGGAUGGUUGAAAAAGAUUCUCCACAGAAUUAUUCCGAACAGCCAAUUGUUGAAUAUCAGUUAGAUGCUCCACUAGCAAAUGCAACUCAGGAUAUGAGAUGUGCUGCAAUUGUCAACAGACAUUUGGAGGAAGGUAUUUUGAAAGCAUUCGAACAGAAGAAUCUCUGCAAAACUUAUUUUCUGACGCAGGAUUCAUCAGUUUAA